CUUGUUUAACGCAGGUUUUAAUGAUUUUCCAAAUCCCUUCAAUGGGGUUCAGUUGUGGAGAAUACGGUGCGAGCCGUACCAGUGUUCCCGAGGUGUAAGCUUCCUCUUGAUAAAUACGCUCCAGAUUAGUGUGACAUGGAGCGUUAUCACAAACAAGAACACAGCUGUCAGACAAAUGUCUACCUUCCGUAUCAAGCAUUUGCCGCAACCAGCGCGCACAUCUUUCCUUAUUGUAACUGCCCCUUAGAACGGAAUACCCCAGCAAUCCAUCCGCGGUCAUUGCGCUUAGUAGGUGCAAAUUUUGUCCCCGACUGUUGGCCACCGUACACUGUGCACGGGUGCCACGUGUCCAUCCACCCCUUGUGCGCGCGCAGAACAGAUUGAAGUUUGUCUCAUCCAUCCAUACUGCUUGCCGUCGUUCAGCCUCCAACCCCAUCAGUGUCAGGACCGGGAGGAUAAACUUAAGGUCCAACAAGGUCUAGUGGAAAAGUUUUGCUCCAAUCCCAAAGUGC